AUGCUUUUCAUUGCCGUAAGAGUUUUAGCGCCAAUGCCGAAGGGAAACAACGCGAUUCCCCAUGUGCACCAGAGGAAGCACUGGAACCCCUGCUCCUCGCAGAAGGGUAACGUUAAGGUGUUCUUCAAUCAGCCUGCGCAGAAGCAGCGCCGUCGCCGCUUGCGUUUGUUGAAGGCGAAGAAGAUCUUCCCGCGUCCGCUUAAGGCACUUCGCCCGCAGGUGAAUUGCCCUACAGUUCGCUACAACAUGAAGAGGCGCUUGGGACGUGGCUUCUCGUUGGAGGAGCUGAAGGCUGCUGGUGUGAAACCCCGCUAUGCGAGGACGAUUGGCAUUCGUGUUGACCGUCGCCGAAAGAAUAAAAGCGAGGAGGGUAUGAAUAUUAACGUGCAACGCCUGAAGACAUAUAUGAGCAAGUUGGUGCUGUUCCCCCUGAACCGCAAGAAGCCACAGAAGGGAGAUGCAACUGAAGAGGAGGUGAAAGCUGCAACUCAGGACCGCUCUCGGUAUGGCACAGCUGCUGUUGGAGGUUUGGUUACCCCCGCACGGGAGGCCCCACGCAAGGUAACGGAGGAGGAAUCCACCAAGAAAAUGUACAAAUUCCUCAAGAAGAACCACAGCGCUGUUCGCUUCUUCAGGGCCCGCAACCGCCGUGCCGCUCGCAAGGAGGCGAAGGAGAACGAGAAGAAGUAA